AUGGAUAUUCUCAUGUACUACUAUAACAAAUGCUUUGUGUUUCUCGUUCGCACAAUGGUGCGUCUUACCAUGAAGGUAUCGGCCAGUCCAGAUGAAGUCCGCCAUAUCAAAUCCCGGGAUGCUGGCCGAACCAUCAAGAUUCAUCUGUAUCAGUCCUCUGACUCAGGCCCGUCACCCGUCCUCCUCAACUUCCACGAGGGUGGCUUCUUGGUACCGCUCCAUGGCGGCGACGAUGGAUUUUGUCGACGAAUCAGCCAGGAAACGAAGUACACUGUCUUAGACGUCUCCUAUCGUCUGGCCCCCGAACACCCGUUCCCCGCCGCACUGAACGACGUGGAAGACGCUGUCAAAUACGUGCUCACGCGUCCGGAUGAAUUCGACCUCACCCGAGUAUCCAUGUCUGGAUUUAGUGCUGGGGCCAACCUCGCGCUGGCGACUGCGUCAAACCUCUUCCCUCCCGAGACCUUCCGCUCCCUGCUAGCAUUCUAUCCUGUGACCGACAUAGGCUCUGAUCCUGGAGCAAAGAUCGCCCCGGCCCGUGCAGAUUUCGUCAUUCCUCUUGCUCUCAUGCGCCUCUUCGACCGCUGCUACGUACCCCCAUCCUUCGACAAGCGGGACCCACGCAUUUCACCGACUUAUGCUCCGGCGGAUCGAUUCCCACGACGUGUUCUUAUGAUCACCGCCGAUGGUGAUACUCUCGCACCCGAGGGCGAGGAAUUGGCUGAGAGGAUCAAGACGUUGCCAGGCCGGCAUGUGGUCAGUGAGCGCAUGCGGGGUUGUAGUCAUGGAUGGGAUAAGGAUAAAAAGACGAGGGCGGGGACUCCGCAAUACCAAGCUAAAGAGCGGGCCUAUCAACUGGCAUGCGACAUGUUGAACGAGUAG